UGCUCGCCCACAGAUAGUUCCCCCCUCUAAGGAGGAGCACCGGAGAAGACAAGAAGCCAACGCAGGCCCUCUGCGGAGGGCGCCAUGCUUUUCCUAAAAUAGCGAAGAGCGCAGGGACGCCCUUCUUCCUCCUUCCAGCUCUGUGCUACCUUGUGUGGGAACAUGAGCGGGAGGCCGAAGCCAAGGAGGGGCGCCAGGACUUUGACAGGUCAUUCGGAGGAAGCCGGCGGCAGCGCCAGUCUUCACAUCCCGCUGGCGGAGGACGGGAGCCCCGAGGCCAGCCGGUACGCCGCUCUGGGGAGGGACGGCCGUGCACCUCGCAGUGCCGCGAGCCGGAGGUUAACCCAGUCGUGGAAGAUUGUCAUAAGUGCAGUGUCUAUACUGACUCUUCUUCUUAUAGGACUUGGCAAUCACAUGUGGCUUCAAGAAACAGAGUUUCCUCACAAAUCCAGACAAUUUUACGCUCUAAUUGCAGAAUACGGUUCGAGGCUUUAUAAUUACCAGGCCAGACUCCGGAUGCCCAAGGAGCAGCUAGAACUUCUAAAGAAGGAAAGCCAGACUUUGGAGAACAACUUCCGUGAAAUUCUAUUUUUAAUUGAACAAAUAGAUGUUCUGAAGGCAUUGCUUAGAGAUACGCAGGAUGGUCUACACAGCCACAGCUGGAACGUGGAUGGAGACGGGGACCAGGAGCCCCCGGAGGCCACGGACGAGGAAAUGUCAAACUUGGUCAACUAUGUCCUUAAAAAGUUGAGAGAGGACCAAGUCCAGAUGGCCGACUAUGCCCUUAAAUCAGCAGGGGCCUCUGUCAUUGAAGCUGGGACGUCGGAAAGUUACAAAAAUAAUAAAGCGAAACUUUACUGGCAUAGGAUCGGGUUCUUAACUUAUGAAAUGCCCCCAGAUAUUAUUCUCCAGCCGGAUGUCCACCCUGGGAAGUGCUGGGCCUUCCCGGGUUCCCAGGGCCACGUCCUAAUCAAGCUUGCCGGGAGGAUCAUGCCAACUGCUAUCACCAUGGAGCACAUCUCGGAGAAGGUGUCUCCAUCAGGAAACAUCUCCAGCGCACCCAAGGAGUUUUCCGUCCAUGAAUAAUGCUGCCGGGAACAUUCAUGUACAUGUCUUUGUGCGGACACUGAUGCUCAUUUCUCUUGGAUCUAUACCUGGAGUGGAAUUAUAAAGUCAUGGGGUAAAUCCAGUGUCACGUUUGGGACACAUCUAGACAGCGUAUCUUCCUCUCCGUCAAUAUGCGUGUUUUCACGGUCACUGUGUGCAUGGAGGUGUUCUCAUUGAACCCUGCGGCAAACUGGAAUAACAUUUUCUUUGGGUGAGACAUUGAUGUUCCUCUUGUUAAAACGAAUGCCUCAUUUCAAUUGAAUUUGCUUACUUUUCUACAUUCCUAGCCCAAAACCAUCCCCCACCUCGUUUUCGGGAGGGUUAAAGUCCUGCCAUUGUGUUCCUUCCUGUCAGGUCAUUUCCAAGUUUCUCCUUGAUUUUAUUUUUUAAAACUUCCCCUCUGGCCCACUCUGCCCUCCUGCUCCAAUCUGACCGGACUUCACGUCCUCACCCUGAGGAUGUGACUUAACCACCUAAUCUAAGAUUUAAACAACCUUUUUCUCUCUAAUUUUCCUUCUUUGUUUGUUCCACCUUCUGAAAGAUUUUUACCAACUUAUAUCCUGACCCCUAUGUUGAAUUUUUCAUUUCUGCUGUCAUGAUUAUUCUAAGAUUUAUUUUUUUCUGCAAAUAACUCCUCUUUUUAGAGUCUGAAUUUCUUCCUCCAUGGAUGCAGUAUCUUCUCUCAAGCUUUCGAAGAUGGUAAUGGACAUUAAUGAGAGCUGUGCUGCAUGUUCUCCAGCUCCCUCCCGUGUCCU